AUGCCCCGGUCCAACUCAUCAGUCGAUAGCCCAAAAAAGACCAAGCAGAAGAAAUUAACCGAUGAAGAGGUGCUGGUCUUGAAAUCCCACCUAGAAGAAUGGAAGGAAGCAGCUGCCAACGAUAGAAAAAAGAUUCUGAAGGCCGUCAUAAAAGAGGCCAAGGUGCAUGCCCCUGCUAUGGAUGACCGGUCAUUGAAGAACAGGAAAUAUACGUACCGGGACUGGUUAUAUAACCGGAGACCUGAAAAGACUCGAGAAAAGAAAGCCAACAAGUUCGGUCAGAAAUGGACUUCCCGGUCGGUCAUAGAACAACUGCGCAAGGAGGAGAUCAUUGAAAAGACCGGAGCAAUGCCAGGAUCGAAGAAAUUUAUUGAAAGAUAUCAGACAACACUCACUGCAGUGGUGGCCAGUCUAUCUAAAGAGGAGCUGGAGGAGGCUCAGAACACUGCGAUUGAGUGGUCUGCCAAGGCUCCUCCUGCAGCUGUUCAGGCGGACUUUGCAAAGAAGAAAGCACCCGGUAUGAUGAAGGAUCUGGCAACAAAGUUGUGGAAGCAGGCCGGUAUGAGAAUUUUCAUAUUGUCAGCAUGGAAAACAGAGGAAGACGAAGUCCGGAUCAAUGGAAUUGACUUCAAUGAAAAGUUGGAGGGGAAUAGUUAUACCGAUACGAAGGACUGGAAGUCCAUGUUAUCGGAGUGGAAUGCCUAUGCUGGUGAAGAGUUUGACGUUGACCUGAAUAAUGAUGACGAUGAUAACGAAGAGGAGGUGAAGAAGAGCAGGAAGAAAGGUGGAAAGAAGGACGAUUAUCCUUUGGAGGUGGAUAGCUAUGGGCUGCCGGUCAUACCGGACGUCACAGAGCUUAACCUAGAGAGCAAAAAGCGUCUUAUAAGGACUUUCCUCACAAAGCACUACAGAUUGUGCAGCCAACAACCAAAGGCGUCUGUUCCUUGGGCCUCAGUCAGGAUGGCUCAGGGUGACUUUAUUGCAGCCAAGUUUUUACCUACCGGCUGGAGGCUCGACGAUCCAUCAAAGAUUCGGCUGGCUGAUGCUGACCGGCUGUUAGAGUUGUGGUGUCAAAGACAGAAGGACCAGGGUUCCAGUGAAAAAGUCCACCGGAAGGCGCACCAGGGGGUGGAACCGGUGUCUAGUAGUGAGGAUAAGGACAAGGAUGAUGAAGAUGAGGAGAAGGACGACGAUCACUAUCACGAUGACAACCUCCAAUCACCACCACCAAAGUCAAAAUCUAUCAACAAUCGCCCACCGGUCAAGAAAUCCAUACCUGUCCCACCACCACCUUCAAAGGCAAAACGGGCCAAUACGGUCCGCAGCACUAGUCCGGCGUCAGAGGAGGAAGAUACUCGCCUACCAGUCAAGAAAUCCAUACUGGUCCAACCACCACCUUCAAAGGCAAAACGGACCAAUACCGUCCGCAGGGCUAGUACAGCUUCAGAGGAGGAAGAUACUCGCCCACCGGUCAAGAAAUCCAUACUGGUCCCACCACCACCUUCAAAGUCAAAACGGACCAAUACCGUCCGCAGGGCUAGUACAGCUUCAGAGGAGGAAGAUACUCGCCAACCGGUCAAGAAAUCCAUACCGGUCCCACCACCACCUUCAAAGGCCAAGCGGACCAAUACCGUUCGCAGGGCUAGUACAGCUUCAGAGGAAGAUACUCGCCCACCGGUCAAGAAAUCCAUACCUGUCCCACAACCAACUUCAAAGGCCAAGCGGACCAAUACCGUCCGCAGCACUCGUCCGGCUUCAGAGGAGGAAGAUACUCGCCCACCGGUCAAGAGAUCCAUACCGGUCCUACCACCACCUAAAUUAAAAUCAUCCCAAAAGAGGGGUAGGGUUGCUCCCAUUCAAUCUGAUUUGGAGUCGGAUGGUCCGCCACCAGUCAAGAAAUCAAAGCUGACUGCAAGUGGAAGGGGACAGGCAGAAGACAACACCAGCACCGGUUCUGCACAAUCAACCGGUAAUGAUGACAAUGAUCCUCUGCCUUCGCAACAUCUUUCUAGAAGUCGUGCAUUUGGCCCUACAUCAGGUGUCUAUGCCAAGAAUAAAACUAACAAAGCACCGGUGCACAAACCAACACCCCCUGCCCCAAGAAGGGACUCCGGCAAGAAAGCCAAAGCAUCUGAAGCACAGACAACCAAUCCAGAGCCAAAGCGCUCUCAUAGAAGUACAAAGGCCUCUUAUAAAGCUCAGUAUAUGCAAUCGUAG